GCUCACUCGCGGGCUGCGUGAGGCGGUCGGUUGGGAAUUCGCGGCGCCAUCUUGGAGCGGCCGGAGGCGGCGGCGGCGGCGGUUUGGGGGCUUCAGGAGAUAAACCCUGAGCUCGUAUGAUUCAUCAAAGAAUACACACACCAACUGAGGCUUUCUCUGGCUCUGUCCCUCAGUGAGAAUAAACCCAGAAGCCGUGCAACAUAUCAACAGUUGAGUCAAUUUCUCCUCAAAGACCAAAGUGUCCAAGUGGUCACCUGAGGGUGUGAGUGAGAAGGCUGUCUGCUGAGGAUGGACUGAAAGCGCCGGGAGUAAGACGCGGGUGUGUGUGUGUGUGUGUCGAGUGGGAGGCCGCUAUGAGCUCAGGGCCGAAGGUACGGACCCAGCCACUGGGGGCUUCAGCCAUUCUGGGGAACCCCUACUCGGUCUUUGUGCUGAAAGAGGGCUACGCCUACACAGACAGUGACGGUAACACCCGAGCGGACGGCUCGAUCACGCUGCUGAAGGGCCGGCACGCGGUUCUGGUGGACACCGGCACCCCUUGGGACAAGGAUUACCUCCUGCAGGGCCUGCAGGCCCAUGGGUUGGAGCCGGAAGGGGUCUCCUUCGUGGUCUGCACCCACGGCCACUCGGAUCACGUCGGCAACCUCAACCUGUUCCCCGAGGCCACCGUCAUCGUGUCGCGGGACAUUUGCCGGCGCGGCGUGUACGUGCAGCACGAUUUCGACGCCGGGCUUCCGUAUCGGCUGGACGACGGCUUGGAGGUGCUGCCCACCCCCGGGCACUGCGCCGGCGAUGUCAGCGUCCUGGUGAGGGGCACAGAGGAGGGCACGGUGGUGGUGGCCGGGGACCUGUUCGAAAGGGAGGGAGACGACGAGGGUGGGGCCGGCUGGCGGCUCCUAAGUGAAAACCCCGAGCUGCAGGCCGAGCAGCGCCAGAGGGUCCUGGCCUUGGCCGACAUCAUCGUUCCCGGGCACGGGCCGCCCUUCCGAGUGAUAAAGGAGGCGUGAGCGUUGUGGUCGUGGUGGGGGGGGGA